UUGACGGGCGUGGCCGUCAUCCAAUAAAAAUGGAGGGCUGAGUCCCUCUGAGCCAAUGGCAAAAGUUUGAGAGGAGGUGGAGGCGGAAUGUGAGAGGAAACAAGAAGACAGGCCCAAGAUGGAGGCGGUGGCGGCAGUAGCGGCGUGACAGGAGCCUCAUGGCACCUGCCCAGCCUCACCUCAGACCAUCUUGACAAAGUCUUAGGCUCCAUGGAGCCGCCACGGGGCCCCGCUGCCAACGGGGCUGAGCCGUCCCGGGCAGUGGGCACUGUCAAAGUGUACCUGCCCAACAAGCAACGCACAGUGGUGACUGUCCGGGAUGGCAUGAGUGUCUACGACUCUCUAGACAAGGCCCUCAAGGUGCGAGGCCUCAAUCAGGAUUGCUGCGUGGUCUACAGACUCAUCAAAGGGCGAAAGACAGUCACUGCCUGGGACACAGCCAUCGCCCCCCUGGAUGGUGAGGAACUCAUUGUGGAGGUCCUCGAGGAUGUGCCGCUGACCAUGCACAAUUUUGUACGGAAGACAUUCUUCAGCCUGGCGUUCUGUGACUUCUGCCUUAAGUUUCUGUUCCAUGGCUUCCGCUGCCAAACCUGUGGCUACAAGUUCCACCAGCAUUGUUCCUCCAAGGUUCCCACAGUCUGUGUUGACAUGAGUACCAACCGCCGACCGAUCUACCACAGUGUCCAAGAUUUGUCUGGAGGCUCCAGGCAGCAUGAGGCUCCCUCAAACUGCCCCCCGAAUGAGCUGCUAACCUCCCAGGGUCCCAGCCCCUGCACUCAGCACCAUGACCGGGAGCACUUCCCCUUCCCUGCCUCAGCCAACGCCCCCCUGCAGCGCAUCCGCUCCACAUCCACUCCCAACGUCCACAUGGUCAGCACCACAGCUCCCAUGGACUCCAGCCUCAUGCAGCUCACUGGCCAGAAUUUCGGCACCAAUGGUGAGCACCCACCCACCCCACUCCAUGCUUACACUCUGUGCCUUCUCUGCCCUGCUGCCCCACUUGCCUCCACUCACAUCCUCUCCACAACUGCAGCUGCUGGUAGUAGAGGUGGUGGUGAUGGAGGCCCGCGGGGGAGCCCCAACCCAGCCAGUGUGUCCUCGGGGAGGAAGUCCCCACAUUCCAAGUCACCUUCAGAGCAGCGGGAGCGGAAGUCCUUGGCUGAUGAAAAGAAGAAAGUGAAGAACCUCGGGUACCGGGACUCAGGCUAUUACUGGGAGGUGCCACCCAGUGAGGUGCAGCUGCUGCAAAGAAUUGGGACGGGCUCAUUUGGAACCGUGUUUCGCGGGAGGUGGCAUGGCGAUGUGGCUGUGAAGGUGCUCAAGGUAGCCCAACCCACUGCUGAGCAGGCCCAGGCCUUCAAGAACGAGAUGCAGGUGCUCAGGAAGACACGGCAUGUCAACAUCUUGCUGUUCAUGGGCUUCAUGACCCGGCCAGGAUUUGCCAUCAUCACACAGUGGUGUGAGGGCUCCAGCCUCUACCGCCACCUGCAUGUGGCUGACACACGCUUCGACAUGGUCCAGCUAAUUGAUGUCGCCAGGCAGACUGCCCAGGGCAUGGACUACCUCCAUGCCAAGAAUAUCAUCCACCGAGACCUCAAGUCUAAUAACAUCUUCCUGCAUGAGGGGCUCACAGUGAAGAUAGGCGACUUUGGCCUGGCCACAGUGAAGACAAGAUGGAGUGGGGCCCAACCCUUGGAGCAGCCCUCAGGCUCCGUGCUUUGGAUGGCGGCUGAGGUGAUCCGUAUGCAGGACCCAAACCCCUACAGUUUCCAGUCGGACGUCUAUGCCUACGGGGUUGUGCUCUAUGAGCUCAUGACAGGCUCACUGCCUUACAGUCACAUUGGCAGCCGUGACCAGAUCAUCUUCAUGGUUGGCCGUGGCUAUCUGUCUCCGGACCUCAGCAAAAUCUCCAGUAACUGCCCCAAGGCCAUGCGGCGCCUGCUGUCUGACUGCCUCAAGUUCCAGCGGGAGGAGCGGCCCCUCUUCCCCCAGAUCCUGGCCACGAUUGAGCUGCUGCAACGGUCACUCCCCAAGAUUGAGCGGAGUGCCUCUGAACCCUCCUUGCACCGCACCCAGGCUGAUGAGUUGCCUGCCUGCCUCCUCAGCAUAGCCCGCCUUGUGCCUUAGGCCCUGCCCCCAGCCACCGGGGAGCCCACCUCAGUCUGCCACGCCAUGGAGUCCUGCCUACCAGCCAGUGUUCCAUCUCUGUCUUGAUACUGCCUCAGGAUCCCACAUCUCUCACCCUGGGAGAUGGUGGUGAUCCCUUUGAGCUCUUCAGUUCCUCUGGAAUUGGGGGACCCCCCCCAAAGACUGAGACUCCUGCCUCUUUCAUAAUUUGGUUUACUCUUGGCUUUGGGGAAUACUUCUAAAUUUGGGGUGCACCUCCAUCUCCACUAGCUGGGAUUUGUGGCAGGGAUUCCACUUAGAACCUCUCUGGAAUUUGUGCCUAAUGUGCCUUCACUGGAUUUUGGGGUCCCCAGCACCCCAUAUGGAUUUGGGGGUCUUCUGUGUCUCCCCUGCCAGUCAAGGACUCCCCUCUUUCUUCACCAAGAAGCACAGAAUUCUGCUGGG